AUGGCUCCACGAGCCUCAGCCCUCGCACGGUUUCCGCUUGCGAAAUCGAUUGCCAAGUGCUUCCCCGGCCACCUCAAGCGGAGAACUAACAGGAAACCGGAGAUUGUCAGUGAGGAGCUAUGUGAUCAUGCUUUGCAGCGCCUGUCACCGUACCUCCUCCGCAAUCGGCCGUUGGACAUCCUCGACCUGUGGCCUGGAGCUGGCCUCUGGUCAUCCAAGAUCAACCGCCUUCUCCAGCCGCGACGACAUGUCCUCGUUGAACCCGAGCUGCAGAACUUCCGACCGCUGCUAGACCCGCUGGCUCAAAGCCAUCCCUCCUACAAGCUACUGUCCAUGGACGUCUUCUCAAUCGGCGACUGGAAACCCGUGCUCACGGAGCAUUUCCCCGAACAAGGGCCCGACAAUGGCGAUCACACCGGCGUUCUGCCAAAGAACGAUACCCUUCUAGUACUCGCAAACCUUCCCGCCACGACCUCCGACAAAGACCAUUUCACCGCAGGCAGAUGGUGGCAGAUGUUCAUGGAGACCUGCAUGCAGCAGACGGGACUACACUCUUACGGGGCUAUCCGAUUGCUUGCGUCUCUACCAUCGCCAGAAUCACAGGCCAUCAUCCCCCGCUACGUAGUUGAUCGCCGACGAGUGUCGCUUUGGACGGAGAAUGUCUCGCUCCAUACCUUCGAAGUCGCUGCUCCUCAAGACGAGAAAUUCUGGGUCAACCACAAAGGAUUCAACGUCGCCAUAGACAACGCCGCGCGUGUCGCCGAAAGAGCUGCUGAAAAGAACAUCAGCACACCCCCGGGGAGGGAAUUUCAGCCUCUCCUCCCAGCUCCGGAGAGCCCCGACCCCGGCCGGAAACCCGUGCCCUACACACCACGCAUAAGGACUGCCCUUCACGACAGAUUCUGCGAAGACAUCCAAGCCCUGGACAACAUGGACAAGUCCACCCCCGGCUACGCCGAAGCCAAGAAGAAGCGCAGUCGCGCGCAGACCCGACUCAACCGGGACAACCGACAAGCAUACUUCCUCCAGCAAAUGGUCGACCAGUCGCGGGAAAUCGACGCCCAAUACGACGCUCUAUCCCGAGCAGCGGCCGACCCCAACACAACCUCCGCCGACUUCAAACCCAUCCUCGACAAAAUAUCCGCCCUGCGAAGCUCCAUCACCGAUGAAGGCCAAGAGAACUACCACGACCACCUCAAACAAUUCCCUCACAUCCACGACAGCUACCGCGCCUCCCUCCGCAGCAACAACAACUUCGACGACGCCCUCCUCGCCUGGGACCGCCGUCCCUUCGAGCCUCUCCUCAUCCGCCCGGAAGAGCUCUACCCCCAAGGCAUCGACCGCAGCAUAGUCUACUUCGAACCGAACCCCAAUUCCCCCGUCAUUGAGAAAAUCAACUCCCUCGACCCCUCCCAACGCGGCGACGCCUUCCGCCUCUUCGAAACCCUCUCCCUCUCCCUCGGCCGCGGCCGCGAAGCCCUCUCCGUCGCCGAAGUCCUCCAACUUAUCUUCCCAGGCCGCUCCACCAAUGACAUCGUCAAAUCCAUCCCCAGCCUAGCCGAAUAUGCCGCGAAGACACCAAAACCAGACUUUGACAGUCUCCCGAAAACCAUCCACGGGGGCAGCACCGACCCGGUAACCAGUUUCCAGGAGAACCUGGACUACGAUCUGAGCGAUGUGCGCGUGCAUAUAUUGUCGACGUCGACAAUCUGGGAUAUUUGCAUCGAGUACCAGCGCAGCGGGGUCUCGGUGUCGAGUGUGCAAUUGAAUCGGUUGUUCGGGGGGACGUUGACGUCGUAUAAGACGGGGGUGCAUCGUGAGAUGGUGAAGAAGAGACUUCAUUAGGAGAUUAAUCUUUGGGUGGGUUGGAUGGAUGGAUAUAUUUGUAUCUGAAUAUGAG